AGCCAUUACGUUAGUUUCCGACGUUGCUUCAAGUCUGAAUCCAAGUAGGCUAGCUAGAUAUCGCCAAGCGUACUUUCCAUAUUUCUCUAUGUUCAAAUACAUAUUCUGUACAUAGAUAGUCUUGUAAAUUUGUUUUUUAAUCAUCCGAAAAUAAUUUUCAAAGCAAUCAACGACAACUGUUGGAUCGAAAUCUUCGCCUCAUCCAGCGUUUAUAAAUGAAGCAAAUAACGUUAGCUACUUGCUAGCGAUUUUGCGGCUACGUUAGCUAUCUAAUCGGUUAGGGAGCUAACAAGUGACAAUUCACAAAGGUAAACAAACCAACCGCUAGAAGUUGAAGGGUGGGAUGUGGAUAUCAUUUAUGUAGUAACCUGCCGUGUUUUUUUGUUGUUGCAAAAUGGACCAUGGAGGACCUUUGCAACGCGAGGACUGUAAUAUCGUUUAACGAGAUGAGAAAUGCAGCGACAUUCCAAUAGCAACGUCGCUACUGAAAAACAACACCAAUCCUGAAUCCCUCGUCCAUUUACAUGGUGAAAGCCAUCUGUAGAGGCCUGGUGUUUUUAAGCUAGCUAACUGCCCCAGACCAUCAAAUCAACCCGUGUGCAGUAGAUUGCAACAGCCGUGCCCUGGAAACGCCACGGUUGUCACAGGAUUUGGAUGAUGCUGACACUGAUGCACCUGAGAGAGAACCCUCCUUCUGUCUGACACAACCAGCUGGAUUUAACACGCCCUCCCCUCAGUACCCCCAUCUCCUGCACCUGAACCAUGUGAGGGCCCCUCGCUCUACUUUGAGGGGAUCCCAGGACUGUUGUGUAAAAGCAGCCGCUGAGCGGGGCCAGAGUGAACCUGUGUGUGAGCAAGCAGUCUUCCCCCUAACCCCCCACCCACAUAUUCCCAUCCUCCUUCCCAUUGGGAAAGCGCCAUGAUGUUCCGAGACCAGGUGGGCAUCCUGACGGACUGGUUCAAGGGCUGGAACGAGUGUGAGCAGACGGUGGCGCUGUUGUCCCUGCUGAAGAGAGCAUCUCGUACCCAGGCCCGCUUCCUGCACAUCUGCCUGGAGCACUGGCUGGCAGACUGCACUGAGAUCCACAUCCUGGAGGCUGAGGCCAACAAUGCAGACAUUGUGAGCCAGUGGCACCAGGAGCCCAUGGAGAAGGCGGUGUCCCUGCUGCUGUCCCACCUACCCCUGCUGCAGCCCCGCAACAGCGAGGCCAAGUGUGAGUACAUGAAGCUGCUGCAGAAGGUGCUGAGCUAUACCAUCGAGAGCAGCCUGUUUGUGGAGGAGAGCAGACAGCUGCUGUCCUACGCCCUCAUCCACCCGGCCACCACCCUGGACGACCGCACCUCGCUGGCCAUGUGGCUCAACCACUUGGAGGAGCACCUCUCCAGCGGCUACCCAGGGCCCUCCUCCCGGCCCCCCUCCGGCCCCUACCACCCCCGUCAGGGUUCAGAUGAGUGGCCGGGCUCCGCGGAGGGCCUGGACCCUGGCCACGGCUGGCUGGACAAGCCCCCCUCCUCCAGCUCCUCCCCUGCAGGGCAGAAUGGACACAUGUCUUUCCAGGGCGGGAUGUCCUCGCCCAUCAACAGCAACAAUGCAGGCAUGGGUCAGAUGGGCCAGCCCAGUCCUCUGAAGAGGUCCUUGUCCCUGAUCCCCUCCAGUCCCCAGGUCUGUGGCGCAGAUUGGCUGAGCCAGGAUGACCUGGGGGGGCGACAGGCCUUUGACCACGCCCCCCUGUCCCCCCAGAGUAGUGUGGCAUCCUCAGGCAGCGAGCAGACUGAGGACCAGGGUUCCAGAAACACCUUCCAGGAGGACGGCAGUGGCAUGAAAGAUGUGCCCAUGUGGCUGAAGAGCCUCCGUCUUCAUAAGUACGCAGCACUUUUCUCCCAGAUGACUUAUGAGGAGAUGAUGAUUCUGACAGAGCACCACCUGGAGUCACAGGUUUGUCAUCGUUUGUCACAGAAUGUGACCAAAGGUGCGCGGCACAAGAUAGCCCUGAGUGUCCAGAAGCUACGGGAGAGGCCAAGCGUUCUCAAGUCUUUAGAGAAGGAUAUAUUGGAGGGGGGCAACCUGCGUAACGCCCUACAGGAGCUACAGCAGAUUAUCAUCACCCCCAUCAAGGUCUACAGCUACAGCCCUCCCAGUGUUUCCCACAGAGAUAUGGAGGGGACUGGAUCCCCCUCAGACCACUCCAACCCUGGGGAGGACAAGGACCUGGCCCAGGAGGGCUUCCAGCCCCACAACCCCCCUCCCUGCGACGGGGAGUCCUCAGCCACACCCAUCUCAGACCGCGACAUUGCUGGCCAGUUCACACGUGUCAUGGGUAAAGUGUGCACUCAACUACUGGUUUCCAGGCCGGACGAGGAGAAUAUCAGCUGUUACCUGCAGCUCAUUGAGAAAUGUCUGACACAUGAGGCUUUCACAGAGACUCAGAGGAAGAGACUGGUCUCCUGGAAGCAGCAGGUUCUCAAACUGCUCCGCCUGUUCCCAAGAAAAGCCAUGCUGGACAUGCCUGUGUACCGACAGAAAGGCUGGGCAUAUGGUUCCAACUCCCUCCCCACAGCAGGCUCUGUGAGUGCUGGGGGUCUGGCACGUAGGGGGCAGAGGUCAUUCCAGUUGCCCCCUCGUGGCCUCACUGCCGGGCGCAUGGGUCUCCUGAGUCCAGGUGGCAUCGGGGUUGCCUCCCCUCGCCACACCCUCACCAGCCCCACACUGCCAGGCCAGGGCAGACAGAACCUGUGGUUUGCCAACCCUGGAGGCAGCAACAGCAUGCCAAGCCAGAGUCGCAGCUCCGUACAACGGACCCACUCACUCCCUGUCCACACCUCCCCGCAAACCAUGCUCCUGUUCCAGCAGCAAGAAUGCCAAGUUCCAGGUGCAGACCUGGAGAUCAACCCCACCCUGGAGUCACUGUGCCUCAGUAUGACAGAGCAUGCCUUAGGGGAUGGAAUGGACCGAACAUCAACAAUAUGAAAUUAAAAGCAGUGAAAGGAAGAAACCAAACUGACACUUCACUUCAACUGAGGCCUGUUCAGUUCCUCUUGCCCAGCACAAAAAUAUAUGCUUAUAAAAAGAAAGCGAAAUGGUCACUACAAAACGACAACUAACAGUGUAUAUGUUCUCUGAUAUUUUUCUACUUUAUUAUACUUAACUGAGUUUAUUAUAAAUGGAAUACAGAUGACUAUUAUAUUACAGGAGGGAGAAGAGGUUACUUGUGCAACCUGCUCCAUGUCUUCUGCAGGACUGUGACAUUAAAAGGAGCAGAUUGAUGCUCUGACUGUUGAGCUUUGAGAGGAACAUGGAGGAUUGGUGCUGUCUUAAGGGGGUUCUAACUUAAAUGUUUCUCCCCUUUUCCUCCCAGAAAUAAAUCCACGCAGAGCCAUGCCUCACACCCCCAGAUACUUUAACUGUAUGGUCAGGCACUUGGCCUCCCAAUUGGGCACUAGAACAGAAAUGAAUCACACGCAUGACCAGCCUGUAGCAUGGCUCUGAUCCUUGAACACAACUACAGCUGUCUAAACAACUAACCUGCUACAGCCAGAGCUAGUUAGGCCCUGACAGUGGACACACCAACACCCUGGCUCAUUCCCCUCACGUACCCAACAUGGGUAUUACUGGCUCUGACACCUCCUCACCUCUAGUAGGCCAAAGAGAAGGGCUCUGUGUGAAUACCUAUGUUAGACUGAUGUUUGGAGUGGCCAAUGCGACUUUAGACAUGGUAAUUGUUAAAACAAUGGCGGUUUGAACGUAGCAUGCCAGCUGCAAUUUGUCCGCAUUGAUAUUUUUGCCCUACUACAAACAUGAUGAUGAAUCUCCUUUGCAAGUUAAGGGCAGAGGGAAAAUCCCACAUGGUUGAAUAAGGACCGGUGAGGUUUCUUGUGGGGGCUGUGAGAACUUGCAUUGGUAAAGAAAAUGAAAAAAAAUCUGAGGGGAGCUGUUGGUGCAUGUGUGUUCAAGUAGUUACCUCCCUAUGUUAUACUGGGUGAGGAAGCUUAAUGAAUUCACAUUCUACCCUGAGGCCCCACUAUGACUGGUUCUGAAAAAUGCAAAGGAAGCACUCUCUGCCACUCAGAAUGAACCAGUACCCACCUCCUCACCCUGCCCUCUCCUCAACAUAGCCUGUGUGGAGAUCUGUGGAAUCAUACUUUUUAAGUAGCCAGAAUAGAUUCCCACCCUGCUCUUACUUACAGCUGCAAUGGGGUUGGACAGCCUUCCUGUUUAGAUUAAGCCACAGCGGAGCUGGCGUGAGAUAUGGCUUGGAAAAUUUGCCUCAAUCCAGGGGUGAGAAAUGUAAACUGCCGUUUUCGUCGUCCUGCUAGCUAGCAGUAGCCACAGCAGCUAUUUCUCAUCCCUGGAUUGGGGUACGUUUUCAUAUCUCACACCGGGUCCGCGGUGGCUUAAUCUAAACAAGAAGGCUGUCCGACCCCAGUGCAUCUGUAAGAAAGCGUAGGGUGGGAAUCUAUUCUGUCUUAUAUUUUAAGGUGCUUGAAAUAUGUCCUGUUUGGGUCUCUUUGUGUUCCAGUUGUAAAACCCUAACACUUAUUUUGUGGUGUCAGUGUUGAAUCAGAAACUCUUAUACAACCUGUCUUUGAUUGUGGCAGAGCGGAGGUGCAUGUAUGUAUAUGGUCUUAACGUUUGGAUCACCUUUUGGUUGCAUCACGAGGCAGGGAUAUCCAUUAGCAUUUUAUUUCUGCAGAGCCAUAGCUGGUCUAUUUGUUUAGUAAACAUGGUUAUUUACCAGCAUGACUUUUAUUAUCAUUUUUUUUUUACUACUCCAUUUUAAGAACUUCUGUUUUUUUUCUAGAAUUGCAUGUUUUCUCCCACACUAAUUGAACGAUUGUUGUAGAUAUUGAGAGAGGGCAGUGUGGCACAGUCAAGGUAGUGCUUAAUGUCUACAAAUCCUCCAGAGAGCAGAUAUGAUGGGACUGGAGUUCAAUAUCGAUUCCUCCUAAUAGCACUGUUUACCUCCCUCUGGCAGUGCCCAUUUCAUUUUCUGUGAUGUGUAAUGAUGGGUCUGAAAAUAAGACUGUUGGCACUUCAGUGCUCGUAAAUAUGCUGUCUCCUCCGUAUGUAGGGCCUAAAGCAUGUAGCUAAGCCUUCUACCACAUGAGGGCUGGGUAGAGAAUGACAGAUGCCUUCUACCCCCUCAGUUCAGCUGCUUAUCUACUCGCUGUAAUCAUGAUUCUCACUAGACUAGAUCGUGUCUAGAGAGUGAGACCUGUAUGAGGGUAUGUUGUGUACCCUUUGCUCUGCGCACCUAAAAUGUUUGAGUGGCAAGUGAAGACUGCUAUUGCCUGGCCUUGUGGGUUUGAACUGUCAGAUGCCGCAGGCUGAUUAACAGUUAAUGUCAACUGAAAUGCACAGCGACAGCUUCCUCUCUCUCUGAUUUGGCUAUUGAGCCUGUGUAGUGUCCUAGUCAUGGUUAUCCUCUGAGCUGGCUCUUGGAUAGAUAUGACUUGAUGAAUACAUUAAAUUAAUUCCCACAAAGAGAGUAAAAUGGUUAAAAAAAUGUUCGUGAAUUUCAGGUUUAGAUAGGCAACCAAUGAUCUCAAUCUAAGCUAUUAAAUUGAUACUAGCAUGACAUGUAAUAUGUCUCAGGUUGUCAUUUCCUUUCCCUGUCUCAAUACAUACAAUGGCACCUGAAGUAAUUCCUCCACGUAAGGGGUAGCCAGUCCCGUUGUAGAAAAGUCUUAGUUCUUUAGGCCAGCCUAAAUUGACUUUGCACAUGCCAGUGGUUUAGGAUGCAGAGGGGGAUGAAAUAGCCAAUCUGAGUCAUAAUAGUAGAUGUGCAAGUCUAGCCCAACACUAACAACGGGCCAAGGAAUAUGUUUACCCCCGUGUUUACAUUUCAGUGAAGCGUGAAAUUGGUUAGAAAAUGCACUUCAUGAGUCUGGCUUUAUUUUCACAUGCCAAGCAGAAUUAUGAGGUACAUAGCCAGCCUGUCAUACAUGAGACCCCUUCUCCCAAGUGGCCUGUCAGUUGUGGUCAAUGUCCCUGCCUGGCAUAAUAAAUAAGCAGUAUGUUGUAGGCUUUUGUUUUGCAUCUCUGUCUUGUACAAUUUAUAUUUAAUUCUAAUGACUCCCCAAACAUUUUUCUAAUGUUUUAUGAAUGAACAGUUUGCACCCCAUGCUUACACAUGCUACUUUUUUACUGUCACACAUUGUUUGAAUGAUCUGAACUACAGUAUUGAUCAGAUGGACAGUCCAAAUAAAAGUUACAUUUUUUUUUGCUACGUGA